CGUCAUUAUUAUUUUGUUUUUGUAUUUUGUCAAUUUUAUCAAAUUAGUGCGAUAAAUUCAUGUUAUAAAAUACUUUCAGGCUUACUGCGCCAAACAGUAUCCUUAAAAACUGUUCUUUAUUAUGCCUAAUGGUCGUGCCGUAUUGUUGUUACGACGUUUGUCGACGGGUGAUAAUAAAUUAAAGAAUCUAAAUUUGAAUCAAAGCACAAAUAAAGAACCUCUGCUUUGCCACAACAGAGAUUUCAGCUCGAAUAAAAGAUUGGCAACAUUUGGUCAUAAUUUGUGCACUGUUAAACUCACUAGAAGCUACAGUGAUAAUAUAAUUAAAAUGUCUAAUACAAAUAUUGAAUCUGCAACAGCAGAAAAACCUAAAUACACUAAUCAGCUUAUUACUGAAAAGUCACCAUACUUACUGCAACAUGCACACAAUCCUGUGCAAUGGUAUCCUUGGGGAGAUGAAGCUAUUGAAAAAGCUAAAAAAGAGAAUAAACUCAUAUUUCUCUCUGUUGGUUACUCUACUUGCCAUUGGUGCCAUGUUAUGGAAAAAGAAUCAUUUGAAAACGAAGAUGUGGCUAAAGUAAUGAAUGAAAAUUUUGUCAACAUCAAGGUUGAUAGAGAGGAGAGGCCGGACAUAGACCGUGUGUAUAUGUUGUUUGUUAUGGCCACAACAGGCAGUGGCGGCUGGCCAAUGUCCGUUUUCUUAACACCAGAUUUAAAACCAAUAACAGGAGGCACCUAUUUUCCUCCUGAAGACCGUUGGGGGCGCCCUAGCUUUAAGAGUGUUUUACUAUCAUUGGCUAAGAAAUGGAAAGAGAACACUGCCCAAUUUGUUGAUGCCAGUCACAAUAUAAUGGAAGCACUGCAAAAAAUAUCUCUGGUUAAUGUUGAUUCAACUGUGGCGGUACCCGGAGAGGCUACAUGGAAUAAAUGUGUCCAAAGAUAUAUUUCUAUUUAUGAACCACAUUUUGGAGGUUUUGGUUUAGCACCAAAGUUUCCACAAGCGUCUAUAUUUAACUUCCUAUUUCAUUUUUAUGCUCGCGAUAAAUCUGACUCUGAAGGUAAAAAAUGUCUUGAUAUGUGCCUUCAUACUUUGACGAAAAUAGCCAAUGGUGGCAUUCAUGAUCAUGUAUCAAGUGGAUUUGCUCGAUAUUCAGUGGAUAAUGAUUGGCAUGUGCCACAUUUUGAGAAAAUGCUGUAUGACCAAGCUCAAUUGAUGGUGGCAUACACUGAUGCAUAUUUAGCUACUAAGGAAGAAUUUUAUGCUGAUGUAGUUCGUGAUAUAAUCAAGUAUGUGAAUAGAGAUCUGAGACAUGAAUCUGGUGGUUAUUAUAGCGCAGAAGAUGCUGAUUCCUAUCCUUUUGAAGGUGCUCAACAUAAGAAAGAAGGAGCAUUCUGUGUCUGGGAAUUCGAUGAACUUAAAUCACUUCUUGAUGAUAAGAAAGUAAAUGAGACAUCUUACUUUGACAUAUUCUGCGAAUACUACAGUGUGGAAGAAGAUGGGAACAUUUCAUUGGAAAGUGAUCCUCAUGGUGAAUUGAAAAAUAAAAAUGUGCUGAUUGUGUACAGCGGUAAAGAAGAAACUAUGACCAAGUUUAAACUCACUUCAGAACAAUUUGAGGAAGCAAUUUCUUAUUGUAUUAAUAUAUUGUAUGAGGAACGUCAAAAAAGACCUCGACCCCAUUUGGACACUAAAAUGCUUUGUUCAUGGAAUGGGUUGAUUAUAGCUGGUUUAGCUCAAGCAGGCCAGGGGCUAGGGGAGAAGAGCUAUGUGGAUGAUGCUAUUAAAACAGCAAACUUCAUAAAGGAACAUUUGUAUGAUCCAUCCAAGAAGACUUUAUUACAUUCUUGUUACAGAGGUGAAGAUGGAGCCAUUGCUCAAACUAAAGAACCAAUACAAGGAUUUUUAGAUGAUUAUGCAUUCCUAAUUAAAGGUUUGCUUGAUUUAUAUGAAGCUUCUCUCGAUCUUUACUGGCUGAAUUGGGCGCGUGAAUUGCAGUACAAACAGAAUGAACUCUUCUGGGAUAAUACAAACGGUGGUUACUUUACUUGUUCUACUGAUGACGAUACUGUGGUACUAAGGCUUAAAGAAGAUCAAGAUGGCGCUGAGCCUUCAGGUAACAGCGUGUCGUGUCACAACCUGCAGCGUGUGGCGGCGUACGCGGACAAGAGCGAAGCCCCCGAGGGCGGGGACGUGGAGCGCGACAUGGCCAAGCGCCUGCUCGCCGCCUUCGCCAAGCGACUGAACGCCACGCCCACAGCACUGCCGGAGAUGAUGUCCGCACUCAUGUUCUACAAUGAUUCACCCACACAGGUGUUGAUAAGCGGCGCGUGCUCGGACCCGCGCACGCUGGCGCUGGUGCGCGCGGUGCGCUCGCGGCUGGUGGCGGGCCGCGUGCUCGCCGUCGCCGAGCCGGACUCGCCCGCCGGUAUGUCCGACAUACUGCUAAGCCGCAUCAAGUGCAGCGAGGUGCCGACGGCGUACGUGUGCCGGCGCUACGCCUGCUCUGUGCUGAACCCUUAA